UGUGAAGCUGUCAAUGUGGUUCAUGUAUAUGUAAUUUCUAACCAAAACUCAAUUCAAUCUGCAAAAAACAUAUAUUAUUUCCGACUUUGAUUGAUCAGUGAAGUGGGUGUGUAAAUUGUGGACAGAAUGUUACGAAUCAGUCAAUUGAAAUGCAAUGGACAACCGAGAAUCAUUCAGAAUUUAUUUGUAAGACAAUCAACGGUGGCCGCUGUACAAACGAGCGAAUCAAGUGGCAACGAUAAUCAAUGCAUUGUGAUUCCCAAGAAGAUCAAUCGUUCGCCCACUGAUUUACUGUAUACUCUGUCAAAAACUGUUGGAAGAGAUCCAACAUCAUCGCAUUACAAAUUUCAUGAUGAUCCGUAUCUUACACCAGUAUCAUACACAAUGCGAGAGAAAUAUGCUUUAUCACAAGAAUCCGGCAAACGAACUGCAAAGUGGUUUGUGGAACAACACUCUGAAUACUUCAAUGGAAAGGAUGCACAACCACAAAUCGAAGCAUUUAUGCCAAAGACAAUAUUCACCCAAGACAGUGAAGUGAAUGUAAAAGAUUUAGAAAAGGCGAUUGAUACGAUAAAUGUGAGCGAUGCCAUUACAAUUUAUAAUUUAUUGGUGGAGAAAAAUAUUACCAUCACAGACGAAUUGAAACAGAGUCUGCUUGAAUGUCUGUGCUUUUUCAAUCAAGAAAAUCCCCUUCCAUUCGAUAUGUAUGAAGAACGAGCUAUAGCUGAAUUUGAAAAACGCAACAAUCCAGUACAUAGUCCAUGGAAAAAAAGUGGUGUGGUCGAUCAAGUGUACAAUAGCAUUGAACCAAAAACACCGGCCGCAUACAAUGCAAUGAUUCGUGGAUUAUACAAAUAUAAUCAAAGUGAGCAUGCCAGUCAAUUAUUCAUUGAGGCUAAUGAAAAUCAAAUUCCAUUGGAUUUGGCAACGUACAAUGCACAUAUUCGUGGCUUCACUCAUCGUCAUCAGCCAAACGAUAAGCGUUAUGAUGAGAUUCUAAAAAUUUUAACCGAAUUAAAUGAAAAGCAAAUUAAACCAAAUGUUCAUACGCUAAAUGCAUGCUUGGAAACGUUAAAAUUUAACAAAAAUAUAACAUACCUUCAAAUGCAAACGUCACAAAUUAUGGGUGAAUUUUUGGCGCUCAAUAUUGAACCGUCACUCGAAACGUAUAUUUACUUAUUGGAUAUAUAUCAUGGUAAGCAGACAGUUGAUGGUACAUUUUUGAAUGAUAUUGUCGAUCGGCUUGAACGAAAUCCAAAUUUGGUGGCGCACAGUAAAAAUGAUUUAACAUUUUUCACGAAAGCCAUGAACGUUUGCAGAUUUCGAAUGAAAAAUUGUGGUUCACUUGCACGACGCAUCGAUAAUAUUGUCACCCAUUCGGAUAACAUCAAGUUUUUGGGCAAUUCAUAUCACGAAUCACUUUAUUAUCGUGACUUAUUACAUACAAUUUUGAAAAAUGAAACAUUCACCGAAUUUAUCAAUGUUUAUGAUCAAUUGGUGCCAGAAACACAUGGAAUCGAUGUAAGUCUUGCCGAAGAAGUGUUCAACAAUAUAAAUUUAAACGGACUAAUUCAACAUAUACCGAAAUUUUGGCAACAUAUUAAAUUGUCAGGUGUUGUAAGAAAUGCAAAACUUCAUGACAUUGUGUUGGCUGUGAUGGAGUCAAAUCGACUAGUUGACGGUGUCGAAGAACAUACCGCAUUGUCCGAAGAAUUUUCAAACAUUGCAUGGGAUAUUUAUCGACAAUCAACGGGCAAUGAGCUUGCAGAACGUUAUAAUAAAGAUUUGAUACCAGCCAAACGUCUCGCGAACAUUAUCAUUUUACUUUUACGUGCCAAAAAUCACCAUAAUGCAACCAUUGUUGUUGAUCAAUGCUUAGAGGAAGACAAGGAUAAUCGCAUUAUUGGACAUCUUACGGAUAAUUCAUUGCAACUUUAUUUGGACAGUUGCAUUGUACAAAAAGAACCAAAUAAAGCCAUCAAAUGUUUAGCUUAUGCCGUUGAACAUGGCGUCGGUGAUCAAAUUGAAUAUGGCCGAAAAAUAAUAAAAUCAUUCACAUUGGAUUCAAAACAAAUUAAAAAAAUUACCAAUUUGGUUGGAAAUGAUGCAUUGAAAUCCGUUGAAAAUCCAGAACAAGCAUCGAAAGAAUAAAUUGAAAUUUAGGUUAAUUGUAGUCUCGCAAAAUAUAUUGAAUGAAAAAUAUUGUUUUUUUUUUUUGA